AGUGGCACAUACUUUAUCCAAUGCCAAUGUUAAGUAUACACAAUAAGACACUGGUGCUCAGUGGUUGUGGUGGCGAUAGACAAAGGGCCUGUAGUGCCUGACUCCGGCCGCAAGAAUAUCGGGCGGGUGCGACGGAAAUGUGGCUAAAGGCUGCGCUCUGUCCCAACGCCGCGGAUGUGCGCACCUGCGAAACGGCACGAAGUGGAAAUGGCUGCGGGUGCGUGGGGCCAGUUGUACGAACAGGAGGCGGAACCCAGCGAAGCGGCCGCGCGCCUCUCUUCGUGCCCCGGCGGGCCAUGCCCCGCCCGUGCGGCCGUGUUUUCUCAUGUGCGGCCCUUGUUGGUUGCCAUGGUUGACCUGCCGGCGCAUCUUCCGGCCCGGGUGUCUGUUGGCCGCCCAUCUGCGGAAGGGAUGGGCGUUCGCCUGCCCACGCGCCCCCCCCGGUGGGGCGGUGUAUUUGGGUUCGCCCACGCCCUCGCUGCGCCCGCGUUCUAG